AUGAGGAUCCCACUACUAGCUUUUUCACUGGUCCAAAUUGUUACCAGUCUAAACAUUUUAGUAUUUUUAAUUGGCACCAAUCAGUUUGAAAGGAACAUCUUCGAGUUUCUUGCACAACAACUUGCAUUACGUCACCAUAAUGUAAUUUCCAUCAAGCCCGUGCUAAUCCCAGAGGAGCCGCGACUGGUGAAGCCGAAACUACACCUUGUCCGUGAGAAAGUCAUCAAGAAUGUUCUGAGCAAGGACUUGUUCAAACCACUCGAAGAUUCUGUGCCAAAUACGGCAUGGAGAGCCGACUACGAUUAUGAUAGUUAUCUGGAGCCUUAUUAUAGAGCACAUAACGCGAGUUGCUACAAACUUUUGAACUCAAAUCUAGUGGACUCAUUGAAAAAGGAAUCAUUGGACUUGGCAAUUGUAUACUCGGGAAAUCCAUGCUUAAACGCGUUGACUCAUCUUGUCGCUGUUCCUACAAUCUAUUUCGAUACUGAAGGGCUCACCGAUGAGACACUGGUCGCCGCAAGAACUCCAAUUGAUAUGUUCACUUCUCCAUCCCACUGUGCUAUCGCCGAAUCUCCAGAAUACCCAAUUCUGAAUUUAUACAGAAACUCGAUUUGCUAUCUUCAAGAGAUGACUGCUCAACUAGGACUUCCAAUUCUGUCUUCUUUGGUAUCAAAGCGUCAUCGAUUGCUGGAUGAGCCAAUAACCAACAUUUUCAGAACAGAUUACACAAUCAAGAAAAGAUACAAGAACUUCCCAAGUGUGAACACUUUGAAGCAACAAAGCGUUGCUUUCUUCGCCAACACUGACCCACUUCUGGAACCAUCCCGUGCUCUCCCACCAAACGUUAUUCCAGUCGGAGGACUCCACAUUGAUCAUCCAAAGCCACUUUUCGCGCCUUGGAACACUACUAUCGCCGCUGCCAAAGAAGGAUUAAUCAUUGUUUCUUUUGGUACACAAGCAGAUAGCAGUAAAAUGAGUGCGAAACAAGCAAAAUCGAUCUUAAAAGCUCUUACAAACCUCAACAACUAUAGAAUCUACUGGCGAGUUGGGCCAAACAUGAAGCUUGAAGGAAUUGAUGAGACCAAAAUUCCAAAACACAUUAAUCUUACUACAUUCAUCCCACAAAACGAUCUUCUUGCUCAUAAGGCUUGCAAACUUUUAGUUACAAACGGAGGAAUGUCAUCUGUAAUGGAAGCUGUAGCUCAUGGAGUUCCAAUUGUUGGCAUUCCAUUGUACGGGUCAAACAGAUACAAUCUUCAAAAAGUUGCAAAUAAGGGGCUUGGUGUUGUGAUUCAAAAGGAUGAUUUGAAUGAGAUCUCAUUGUACGGAGCUAUGAAGAAGGUUUUGGAAUCUGCAAAAUACAAGAACACUGCUAAGGAAAUGUCCAAAGAAUUCAAGGCGCGAACCACCUCUCCAUUUGCCGCAGCUCUCCAUGUCAUAGAUCAUGUCGGACGCCAUCAUUCUUUUGCCUACAUGCAACCAGUUUAUCAACCAAUUUACAAACGAAUCGAUUUCUACCUCCUCCUUCUCAUCGUCUUUUUGCCUGUAUUAUUCCUUCAAAAACUUUUCGGAUUCUUCUUCAGAACGUCUGCGAAAAACGUUCAAGGAGUCAAAGUAGCUGAAGCGGCUGUGAAGGUUGUUAAAGAAGUUGUGGAAUCCAAGAAAAACAAAUGA